AUGGUACCGAAGAAACCUACAGUGAGUGGAAAACGAGGACAGCCGACUAAGCGAACACCAACUAAGAACGCUGGUAAGACGACCACAGAAAAGUCAAGGAAGCGCACUACACCCGCGCGUGUGACUCCUCCGCGAGCAGCAAAAUGUCAGAAGACCGAGGCAAACAGCAAGAGAAAACUGGACGACAGGAGCAGCAUGGGCAACAAUAUGUCAACUGUAUGGUCCACUACGGCUAACAAGGACGUCGAGCUUAUCACCUUAUCCGACAGUGAAGACGAUGGAUAUCAGCAUGUGCGACAUAGAAGGAUGGGCCGUAAAGACGACGUGACCGCGGAAUCUGAUGCCUUGAAAAUCGACAUUGACGAGGACGCAAAGCCCAGUAUCUCUGAUUCCGUGGUGAAUUCAGAACCCCUUCACCUCGGAUCAACGCCACGCCUGUCUUUCGAGCGGUUUCCCAGAUGGGAUUUCGAUGGUGUCUCUCCUUCGAAAAGUACACCCAACCUCUGCCCAACAAAUCUAUCUCUACAAAACUACCAGCAAGACAACAUGGCGGACUCGGAAGAGAAGCAUGCUGAUGAGAAAAAGCAGCUGCGUCAGGAACUCGACGCCGUCAAAGCCGAGCUCGCUCGAGAGAAGGUGCUCCACGAGAAGGCAAAGAGCGACCGUGAGUUGGCCCAGACUCACACCAACAACGCGACUAGUCAACAGCUCCAAACUCUUCACCGCGAGCUUGAGACGGAGCAAGAAAACCUACGAGUGACACACGAGGACAGAGACCGACUGGGAAUCAAGCUCGACAAUGUCAACGCAAGGAACGGCCAGCUGACCGAAGAGCUUCAGAGCGAGAAACAAUUGAGAAAAGAUGAGAAGGCCGAGCAUGAGCGCAUACUUGAAGACGUCAUGAACACCGAGACAGCUUUAGGUUCCGCUAACAAGUACCUGGUUCAAGAGAAUCAACGCCUUCAAGCAGAGAACGAGAGCCUCCGAGCCUCCGCCGCCCGCAAGUUCACGUUCACAUCUUCGCAGGUACCCCAGGCGCCGCCGUACCCAUCAAUCUUCACUCCGGAGUCCUCCCAAGGCUCUCAAGCCGUCUAUCUCCCUUCUCCAGCCCCGUCCUCGAUCACUACACCCGGCGAGCUUACCGACCAGCAGAAGGCAGACAACCUCAAGAGAAGCUUCCUCAACCUCAAUGAGCGCAACUCACGUCUCAAGUCUGCCGCUGAAAAACUCACUAAUACUACCAAGGGCAUGGAUCUGACUAGCUUCGGGGAGUUCGGGAGGUACCUCAGGCAGAUGAAGACCGUCAUGGACAGCGAUGCCAAGAAGGGCAAAGAGAAGAAGGAAGAGGCCAAGAAGGAUGAAGAUGAUGCCAAAUAA